AUGGAAAAAUUACAAAGAAUAGUAGAUAGAAUUAAUUAUUUAAAUAAAAAUUCGAAUAAUUAUGAUAGUCAAUGUAAAAUUAAAGAGAAAUGCGAAGAAGGUUACAAAUUAAUUGAAGAGUUUCAAGCUGCGGGUAUUGAAGUUGGUGAUACCGAUUGUUACAAUUGUUUAAAUCAAAUAGCAGAUAAAAUCAAAUUAUAUCAAAACCAAUUAAUCAAAGAAAAAGAAGAACAAGGUAAAAGGUUUAAUAUUUCAAUUGAAAAGUACAAUCAAAUUUCCUUCGAGGUUUAUCAUUACAUCGGGUUGGGAUAUGUUGAGGAUAUAGAAGCAUUGGACCAAAACAAAGUUAGUCCAUUUCCAUUAAUCGAAAAAGCAAUUAAUUACUUUACCCAGGCUUAUGAAUAUUCAGCAAAAUUACUAAAGAAAAAUGAGAAGAAUGAAGUCUACAUUGAAAACUAUAUUGCUAAUUUAGAAAUUAUCGAAAAUAUUGGUGAAAAAUAUAUAAAAGAAAGCAUUUACCAUAAUUUAGGUAAAAUAUCAUUUGAAUGUAAUGACUUUGAAAAAGCAAUAUAUUAUUUCAAGUUGGAAAUUAAAAAAAUUAAAAAAGAAUUAAGAAAAGAAGAUUAUAUAGAGGCAAACAAAAGAUUAUUGGAAUCUUUGGUCUAUCAUGGUGAGUAUCAAGAAUUUGGACAAGUUUUAAAAGAAUUAUCCAGUACUUUUUCAACUGAUGUAUAUGUUUUGAAUGUGAUCAAAGAAAUGAAAGAAAAUUAUAACAUUGCCGAACUAGUUAAAGAUAAAGAUACCAUAGUAGAAUACGAAAAGUCAUUUCAUACUUUUUCGAAUGCAUAUAGUGACACAGAUAGGGGGACUGACUACCAUCUCAAAAGAAUAAAAGCCAUAGAACCAAUUGUAGAAUUAUUAUACCCAUUCGAUGAUAGGUUAUUUGUAGAUAAGAAAAUUAAAUAUUGGAAAUUACUGGAAGAGUCAUAUGGUUACUUAAAUGAUAGAAAUGGAUUGUUUAGGAUUUAUAAAGAUUUAUCAUGUAUUUAUGAUAAUCAAAAAAAGAAAAAAUAUUUUACAGAAUCCUUAGAGUUUAAUGAAAGGGUAUUGAAGGGCGAAGCUAUAGAGGAUAAUAACUAUUUAAAGGCAUAUAUAAUGGUAAACCUAUACAAUUCAAGGGAUAACAUCAACCAACUGAAAAAGAAGAGUUAUUCCCUUGGCCAAGGGAAUAAAUAUAAUACAAAUUUGUAUUUAUUGGAAGAUUCAGAAAAAAUAAUUGAAAGGGAACUAGAGUUACUAAAGCAGGGUCAAGAGAAUAGCCAAGCUACUGAGGAAGAGCUAUUGGAUCUUUUGUUAAUCGCUGUUUCCCAUACUGCAACAUUUUAUCAAAGAUCAACCGAUAUGGAAAAGUUUAGGGAAUAUUCAAAAAAAGAAGAUAAAAUAAAAAAACUAUUAGAACAUUCAAGCGAUAAACUGGAUCCAAAUAAUAGUCAGAUAGUAGUAAGGUGUCCUGAUGAUAAUGAUUACAAUGCAUCAUUCGAAAAUUUAUCAUUGGAGGACCUGUUAUAUUUAGAAAACAAUGCAACUGACAAUAGCAAUGAUAUUAACGACAACAACAAUAAUAAUAGUAAUAAUUAUAGUUUUAACAAUAGUUAUGAUAAUGACAAUGAUAAUAAUUAUAACAAUAAUUAUGAUAAUAGUAACGAUAAUAAUAAUGACAUUGAAAGUAUUACAAAUAGUAGUUCAGCCAGUGUUAAUAGUAAUUACAGUUAUUAUUCAUCAAUUAAAAAAAACAAAUUAGAAGAAUUAAGAAAUAAAAAAAUUUCACAAAAAUUAGAAAACAACGAAAUUAUCAACGAAAAUUAUUUAAAACAAAUCAAAAUUAAUGAAAACAACAAAAGAUAUUUAGAUUCGACUAAUGUUCCAAAGGACUUUACACCAAAUAAGAAAACAAGAUCAAAUUUUCAUAUUGGCUCUGGGUUUGAAGAAAUUGAUGGUAUCGUAUAUGAUAGGGCAACUGGGAAACCUGUUUUUCGUGAUAAUCAAAAAAAGAAUGACCCUUUACAACUUCCAAAACCUGUUGAAGCUUGUAAUAAUUCCACAAAUAAUCCCGGUAGAGAUUUUAUUGUUAUAGAAGAUAAUGAUAAUGAUAUUGACAACAGUUCCCAAAUUGGUGCAAAUAAAAAAAACUUUUUCAACAGGUUCCAAAGAUUUAGCAAGAAAGAAGAUCAAGAAAGCAAAUUAAACGAAUCAAGAGUGAUUGAAGAUGAUUAUGAAGAAGAGGAGUACCAUGAACCAGAUCACUAUGAUGCUAAUGGUAAUUUAAAACCGUGCUUUACCAAAAACUUUAUUGUUAGUGACGAUUUUGAAGAGACAUCGCCAAUUAAACCACCACCACUAUUUCAAUCACCAAUUAAAACUCCAACAAAAAACCAAAACCCACUGUCACCCCUUUCAACACCUAAAACACCACUAUCGCCCAUUUUUUCAAAUACUGACAAUUAUGAAAUUAUAGAGGUGCAAAUAUUUUUAGAAAUUAAACUAUAUAUUCCAAUAAUCGGUGCCCAUACCAAAGAAUUUGAUUUCAAUUGGCUAAAAGAAAGAUGUGAUGAAAGAAUCAAGUUGUUAACUAGCCAUAAUAUGGAUAUUACAAUUUCAAGUUUCACCCUUCAAUCACAUACAAUUAAUAUGAAUAGCAAGUUAAUCAAAUACAUUGGCAAAAAAAUACAAUCAAUUUUUAAUACCGCUCUUAAAAGUGACAUUAGCUUUUCAGAUGAAUUAUAUUUAAAAGAUGAUCAAAACUAUUUAGAAAAUGGUUACUAUAGCGAUAUUGAAAAUGGAAUUAAUGACUCGACUAUAAAUGCAACUGCAACUAAAUAUUAUUUAGAAACAUUUAGAAAUAGAAAGGGCAUAACAUCAGUUAAUAUCAAUGAUCAAAUAUUCAAUAACAACCAAUCAGUGGAGCAUUUAGGUCUAAUUUUACAAACUCUUUCAAAUACCGAAUAUCUAUAUCUAAUUAAUUGCAGACUAAAUUCAUCCUCAAUUCAAGCUUUAUCAAAAUACACAAGCAGAUUAAAGCUAAAACAUUUAGAUAUCCGUUUUAAUAGUCUUUCAAAUUUAAAUAAAUAUUCACCACCUCUAAUAACAUCCACAACAAUUUCCCCAACACAAAAACCCACACUAUUUUUCAACUUAAAUAACAUUACCUCGUUAAAUAUUAGCCAUUGUCAAUUAAAUAACGAAUCUAUUCAAGUAAUAAAAAACUCAUUAUUAUCAGUAAAACAUUUGUCAAAUUUAAAAAUAUCAGGUAAUCCAGAUAUAGGAGACAGAGGAUUCCAAUUACUCUCAGAAUCUCCAAUUUUUUCAAACUUAGUAGAAUUUGAAGCAAGGUCAUGUUCGCUGAGCAAACUUCCAUUUGAAACAUUAAAACAAUUAUUCAAAUCACUUUCAAAUUGUUCAAACUUAGAUAUUGGUUCAAAUGUGUUUAAAAAACAAUUUAAUAGCCACCACACCAACAUAAUUUUAGAUUCUUUCAAGUCGCUAAUUGACGAGGGCAUUACUUUCGACAAACUGGUCAAAUUAAAUAUUGAUGAUAUUGGGAUUGAAAAAGAUUCAGUAGAUCAAUUAAUAACCUUACUAGAAAAUACACCCAAACUAAAUACUUUGGUUAUUAAAAAUAAUAAUAUAGGUUUGGAUGGCUCAAAUAAACUUUAUAAAGUUUUACCAAAAUUCAAUCAUAUAAAAGAAAUUUCACUUCAAAGAUGCCAACUAUCAUAUUUAGGUAUAAUAAUGGUUUUAUAUAACUUUACAAAUAAUAUUAAAAUAAUAGAUCUUUCAUUCAAUAAUAACAAUAAUAAUAAUAGUAAUGAUUUUAAUAAUUUAAUGACAAGCUAUACAUACAGAACAAUUUUCAAUAAUUUUAAAUCCUUCAAUCAAAUUUCAAUAGAGCAAAUCAAUCUCUCAAAUAAUAAUUUAGAUUUAGAUAAUGAUGAUAAUUUUAAAUUGUUUUUAGAAAAAUUUUAUAACAGUAAUAAUUGUUUAUCCCCAUCAUUAAUAAAAAAAUUUUAA